UUACGACAGUUCAACGACAGUAAACCGGUUUACGGCAGAGCGUGCUGCUGGAGGUCAGGGACAUGACGAGAACUCGAACUCAGUCCUCUACCACGAUAAGAACUGUAGUUUAAAUCGAACCCUCUCUUUGAAACUCACCAGGCGGUCUGACGGGACCUCGUUUAUCAGUCUUGGUGAAUCCAGCUUCUCGUCGUCGACCACUUCUCUUCUCCAGGUGACCCCCCUUCGGAACUCUCACAGCCAUGGACAACAACUCACAAGGAUCGGGGGCAGCGAAAGGGGGUCUCGGAAGUCUCUUUGGGGGCGGUGGACCUGAAUACUCCAACACAGAGCUCGCCGGUGUCCCAUUGACCGGCAUGAGUCCCCUGUCCCCCUACCUCAACGUUGACCCUCGUUACCUGGUUCAGGACACAGAUGAGUUUAUCCUACCCACAGGCGCCAACAAAACCAGAGGGAGGUUUGAACUGGCUUUCUUUACUAUUGGAGGAUCCUGCAUUACAGGAGCUGCUUUUGGAACUGUAAAUGGUCUCAGGAUGGGCCUGAAGGAGACCAGAGACAUGGCCUGGUCUAAACCUCGUAAUGUACAGAUUAUCAACAUGGUGACCAGACAGGGUGCUUCAUGGGCCAACACUCUUGGCUCUGUUGCCUUGUUGUACAGUGUGUUUGGCGUGGCGAUAGAAAAAGCUAGAGGAGCUGAAGAUGACAUCAACACAGUGGCUGCUGGGACGCUAACAGGGAUGCUGUUUAAAUCAGGAAGCGGUCUAAAGGGUGUCGCCCGCGGCGGUCUGGCUGGUCUAGCUCUGUCUGGUGCCUACGCUCUUUACAGUAACUGGGACCACAUCACAGGCUCCUCAUCUUCAUCGUCCAGACUGUACUAACCCCUACCACACUCAUCUGCCUCCACAUCAGGGCCAAACAUCUCAUCCCAGGACACAGCCUUUAACCACAGCGCUCAGAGGAGUUAGACUCUGGUCAAAUGCAGUGUGCUGUGAGCAAAGUGUGAGUUGGUCCAGUUCACUGGUCCCCCCCCAUCCCUUUGAGUGCCACCUUCCUUUCCUGGAGUAUUCUGGGAAAUGAAAGAAGUGCUUUAAGAAGAAGAUGUGUAAAUGGGGACUAAAUUCCACUUAUAAACCAGACUCUGACCAUCCUAAAACAACAUUUGUCUGUGUCCUCUGAGGUUCUCUUGUUGCUGAUCAGAUCAGCGAUGAAAGGAGCCUGUGAGGAUGUUAUAAAGAAGUGAUUCAUCUAUUUUAUCAUUGUUGAUGCAGGACGACGAAAAAGUCUUCUUUGAUGCUUGUAUGGAAAUCAACUUACUCCCUGAUUUUGGACUGAAAGACUCUUUCAACUAAGCACAGAACUAUGCCUUACGGUCUGUUCUGCUCUUGUAUUUAUUGAAGUAUAUCCGCUGUGGGUUCUGUUUUACCGUGCAAGAAGGAAUCACUGUAAAGCUGUACUGGAUGCACAUGUUGUUCAUGUAUUCUAUCAAACCUGCUGUAUGUAAAACUAAUAAAAAAAAUGGGAAACGUUGCCAAA